UGUCCGUUCUGGUUUUAUCGUUAAGCUAGUCAUUGUUGCAUCGGCUAAGGUUUACAGUUUUGCCGUGAAUUUCCCAGCCUUCAAAUGCUUUCUUUACUUCUCAACUUCUCAACUCUAUCACUUUCCCACUUCUCUUUCGUCUCCAAAAACCCUAAGACACUCACUUCUCAGUUACUUCACCGUCCGGGAGGCGUCAGCGGCGGUGGUUCUUCGACUUGUAUUGUUCAUGCAGUAGAGAAAGAUUCACAGCAGUUUGAGAUUGACCCAGAUGAAGCCAAAGCCGCCCUUCAACAACUUGACAAGCAGCUCCAAACCCUCUCCAGAAAACAAACUAAAACUCCCAAGAUAAAAGCCAAGGAUGUGAAGCUUACAAGGGGUCCAACAGAAGAAGAAGAAGAAGAAAUGGCGGAAAUUCCAGGCUCUGUCCUUGCAAAUACUGCAGUGGUUUUGUUUAUCUUCACCAUACUUUAUAAUGCACUAUUUUAUGGAGUAAUAAAGCCCUCCAUUGAUGGACCUGAUGAUGUAUCUGAAGCUCCUCCGCCCUCAAUGGCAACUGAAUCUCCCAACGCAGCAGUUUUGCAGUCGCUUCUCUCGGUGCCCAAAGAUUUCCUUCAACUCUGAAUUGCGUAGAAGAGCCUAAAGAAGAAGCUGUCUCCUCUGCACUGCCCUAUACAACAUGUUACAUAUAUAUUACAAUGGCUUGUUUAUCCAGAAAUCUCCCUACUAAGUUUGAAACUUAUGAUAUUUGACAUGUAUUAUUCAAAAUCCAUCUGUAUGUUAAUGGA